AUGUUGUCUCUCUUUCGACAAUACACAUUCGAUGACUCAUUCGAACAAGUCUUCAUAUCCAACAAAUUCCUUAAAGAAUACCAAAUUGCCCUCACAUAUGCCACAGAUUACGACGAAAACAACAUACCCACAAAUGGAAUUUUCACACCCAAUUGGGACACAAGAAAAGUCACACCUGAAACAAUAACCGAUCUCAAAAACAAAAACCCUGAUGUCAACAUUAAAGUCUACAUUAGUAUCGGUAACAGUGGCGCAAAAUUCCCGUUUUGUCCUCAAAACAACAAAACAUGGAUUCUCAACGCAACAAAAUCACUCACAAACAUCAUUAAAAGCUACGAAGAUUGCAGUCUCCAAGUCGACGGGAUUGAUGUUUUGUACGAAUGCAUCGAAGCUUCGCCCGUUGACUUUGUUGAAUGCGUUGGUCAACUCAUAAAGAAUUUAAAGGAAAACGGUGUUGUAAAAGAAGCUUCAGUUUCUCCUUCUUUUGCUCUCAACAGAGAAUACUAUUUCUCGUUGUAUAAGAAUUAUUCUUCUCUCAUUGAUUGGGUUGAUUAUCAGUUUCAAAACGAGGUUGUUCCUGUUUUUGCACCGAAUAAAUUGAUGGAGGUUUAUGAUGAUUUGGUGAUGGAGUUUUAUCCGAGGAAGAAACUGUUUGCUGGAUAUAGUGCUGAGAAUGAGGAUUGGGCUACGUUGUCACCGAUUGUGUUUUUUCUUGGUGGAAUGAAUAUUCUUAAGAAGAGAAAAGGUCCUGGGAUUUCAAUUCAUUAUCAUAAUUACUAUCAACAAAACGAAAAUAAUGAGUGA